AUGCCCCGCUCCGAUGAGGCAGAAUGGUGGUUCAACGCCGUCUACGAAGCCGUGCAAGCUAUCCCCGCUGGCAAAGUGACGUCCUACGGGCACAUCGCCCUGCUGCUUGGUGAACCCAAAAGACCCCGGCAGGUGGGCAUUUGUCUCAAACAUUUGCCGUCGGAGCCUUCGAGUUAUUUCCACGCUGGCAAUGUGCCCUGGCAGCGGGUGAUUAAUUCUAAGGGCAUGAUCUCGCACCGUGGGCCUGGUAGUGCUGAGCGCCAGGCGGAGGUGCUGCGCCAGGAGGGCGUUGAGGUCGAGACGGAUAGUAUGGGCGAAUUCUACGUGGAUCUUGCGCGGUAUGGAUGGUUUCCGGAUCGGUUGCCUGGGGAGGAAGACGAAGAAGAAGUAUCGGAUCUUGAAGAAGAGUAA